GGCAGAUCCUUUGGACAAUUGGAAGACUUAGAGCUAGACUUCCCAGCCUUCCUUCUCCACCAAGAUCUCCAGGAGGGGAAACCCUGGGACUUUUCAUGUCACUAUGAGCAAAGACAGAACUUCCUUAUUCUAUAGGUUGAAUGAUUAUAAGCCUUUAAAGGAUGCAUCAGGAAGCAUCAAGGAUGAAAAAGAGUCUCAGGACUUGGUGUUAGAAAAAACCAAAGAAGAGGAGUCUUUAAGAAAUUCCAGCUUGGUUUUAGGAGCAAGAAAAAUGCCGGGGGCAAUGGAGCAAUGUGAUAAACUGGAUAUGUCAGCUAUGAUUAUGUUGGAGUCAGCUUUGGACAGAGAGAAAAUUUCCAGAAAGAUCCUCCCAGAGGCUGUGCCAGUCACUCUAAACUGUAAAAUGAAAGCCAGAGAGAAGUACCAAUCUGAUCUGUGGUUAGAAAUUGAACACCCGAGUAAAGGUUUAGUGCUACAAGACCCAAGUUCAUCUUCCUUGGCACUUUUUAAUACAACUUCUAAUGCAGUGGCUCAGUGUGAAGGCGAUCCAGUUGACAAUAUAUUCAAACAGAAUCUAAAGAUCAAGUUUUACAUCAGUUCCAGAUCCACAUCUCCAUCUUCAUAUAGUGAAGAUGAAGCGGACACAGUGAAGAUCACAGAUUCUGCUCACCUUCCCGUCCACACACCAACAAUAAAGAGAAAGGAAUGUCAUAGUAGAAUCUUCUUUCCAACUAAGCUUAAGGCCCACCGGUUUUUCCUCACAUCCUUUACUGCUCCCACCAAGUGUCACCAGUGCACGUCUCUGAUGGUGGGUUUGAUAAGACAAGGCUGCACCUGUGACGCAUGUGGGUUCUCAUGUCACACAGCCUGUGUAGAAAAAGCUCCAAGAGCUUGUCCGGUGCCUUUUCAUCAGAAGAAAGGUGCCUUCUGUCUAGACCCACAGAAAGGCUUGGGAACAGCCUAUGAAGGCCAUGUCUGGAUUCCAAAGAAAGCAGGCAUGAAAAAAGGAUGGCAGAGGGCAUUGGCCAUAGUUUGUGACUUCAAACUCUUCCUAUAUGAUAUGAAUGAAGAAGACUCAAAACCCAGUGUUGUAGUGAGUCAAGUAAUUGACAUGAGGGAUGGAGCGUUUUCUGUCAGUUCAGUCUGGCCCUCUGAUUUUGUUCCUGUGAAGAGAAAGGAAAUGCCUCGUAUGUUUAAGGUCACAGCUUCCCAGCUCUCAGCACCUAGUAAUAGAUAUUCAAUCCCAAUCUUAGCAGAUAGCGAGAAUAAGAAGAGUGAGUGGGUGGGUGUGCUGAGUGAAUUGCACAAGAUAUUGAGAAAAAGUCAUUCCAGAGACCGGUCAAUCUAUGUUCUGAAAGAGGCUUAUGACAGCAAUCUACCCUGGAUCAAAACCACCCAGACAGCUGCAAUCAUAGAUCACAAAAGAAUUGCUCUGGGAAAUGAAGAAGGGUUAUUUGUUGUCCACAUUAUCAUAGAUGUACAUUGGCACCAUGAAGAGUAA